CAUUUAUGUGUUGAGUUCUUCAAAUUCACAAAGCAUUUUUUGUUAUAAAAAAAAAUUCACCACAGUUUUUUAAACUAUAUCGAUUAUGAAUUGUUGUGUAUAAAAAAAAGAUGGCCAAAAAAAUAAGCAUCAAAUUUACUCCCACAUCACAGCAACAAAAUAGAUCUUCAUUAUCACCGCCAGAUACGCCCACUGAAUUAUCAUUAAUGGGUAGCCCGUUUGAUGAUUUUGCAAUCACUUCCGAAGAUGAUCUUGGUUCUGUACAAUUAUUUUCAAUCACUGAUGAAGAAAGUGAAGAUAAUUCCGAAUCAAUUGGUGAUCCAGAUUGUCAAAGACAGUCACAACAGUUACAUCAACAACAGAAUAGACAGCCACCAAAAGUUGAAGAUGAAAUCGAUAUGAUUGAUGCAAAAAUUAGACAGGAAAAGAAAAAAGGUUCAGGAAAUAAAAUGGAUAAAUUUAUGAAACAUUUACAGGAAGCUUUAACACCAUCAUCAUCAUCAUCAUUAUUGAAUCAAGAUUCAUCCAAAAAUCCAAUCAAGCAUGAUAUAGAAUCGGAAACAACAACAUCAUCAUCAUCAUUAUUAUCAUCAUCGACGACUAAUAAUCAAAAUUCAACAAGUUGGUUGAAUGAUAUAAAAUUUACCAAUCUGGUCAAUUUAAAUAAAUUACGUAAUGAAAAGCAACAACAAACAAAAAUUAUGCAAUCAGAAUCGAUGGAUAAUUUUUUUGAUAAUCAACAGCAACAACAACAAUCACAACCAACAACAACAGGUUCAACAUCGAGGAAAAUGUCGAUGGCUAUUGGAGUAAAAAAUUAUAACCAUCCAAUUUCAACAUCAUCAUCAUCAUCACUAUCGACAACAGCAACAACAACAACGAUGACGACAACGGCAGCAACAACAACAAUGGUAGCAGACGCUCCUACAACAAUUAUGAUGAUGACGAACACGUUUUCCUCUAUCGUGGACGCAAACGGACAAAUUAUGGUAUCAUCACCAUCGAAUGACAAUAAUAGUGAAGAUUAUCAACAACAAGUGCCCAAUGAAUCAUCGGAUAUUUCAUCGAUAACUAUGACAGCUGAAACAACGAGCAAUAGUAAUGAAAAUAUGGCUAAAGAAUCAAAAGAUAAACCACAAAAAUUAAAAGAUAUGUUCAUUGGAUUGAAAUCUAAUUCCGGUGAAUCAUCUGCAACUAAGAAAAAAUUUACAUUAUUUGAUAAGAAAACAUUUCAACCGAAAAACAAACAACAGCAACAAUCACAGGAUACGCAACAAGAUUUAUUCAAUAAAUUGAUCUCUCCUAUGCGAACAACAACACCAUCACCAACGGUACCGGUACCAUCAUCAUCAAUUACAUCGGCCUUAUUAUCACCGGUUCAACAGCAUUCAAUUACAUCGCCUUCAUUUUCAAAUUCACAAGUAUUGUCUAAUUUUCUUGCUACAUUCACCAAUGCAUCAUCAUCAUCGGCAAAAGUAUCGUUUACAGCAAAUACCGAUUCCAAUAAUAUAGCAGGUUGUACAAGAUCUGCAUCAACCGAACAUGUUGAUACGAUUGGUGGUUAUAAAAAUAAAUCCAAUAAAAUGACCAAUAGUAAAUCAAUGAUGACAUUCCGUAAAGCAACAAAAUUCGAAGAUAAUAAUAACAAUAAUAAUAAUAAUAAUGUCAACAAUGUCAACAACAAUAUUAAUAACAUCAACAAUACAAUAAUCAAUGAUGAUGAAGAAGAGAAUAAUCAAUUUGGAUUAUUACCAACAUAUUUAUUGACCAGUACUUUAGCCACACAGAAUCCAACAUUAAGACGACGUACAAAAAGUUCACCAUUAAGAAAUCGAACACCGACACCUGAUGAAACAAUUCAUAUGGGAAAACCAUUUGAUCAUCAGCAAUUUAUUCAACAAAAACGACAAAAACAUCGUCUUUCUGAUGUUAGUCAUUCAUCAUCAUCAUCGUCAUCAUUACCAUCAUUGAAUGAUGACUUAGUGAAUGAAAAAAAUUUUGAUACAACUCUUGUCAAUAAUGAAAAUCAUUAUCAUAGUCAUCAUCAUCAUCAUCAACAGCCACAGCAACAAAAACAACAACAACAACAAAAGAAAAAUGUUAUAAAUCAAUCAUUAUGGUCAAAGAUGACAUCAUCAAUCACAUUUCAAUAUUACCUCUUUUUAUCUAUGGCUGUAUCAUCCGGAUUCUUUAUUUGCAUAUCACCAUUACCUUCAUUUAUAAAUGGUUUCAUUUUUGGUUUUUUGAUGACAUUUUUCAUCGUUACAAUAGGCAUUAUUUAUUUGGUUGCCAAUUUUUUCCUGAUUAAAUCUGAUGAUCCUAAACGUGGUGAUCAAUCCGGAAGAUCAGAAGGUUUAGGAUUAAAACGUACUAAAUCAAAACGACUACCCUUUAAUGUUUCCUCAUCGAUACCUAACAAUGAUGGUAUUAUCUAUGCUGGAUGGGUGUACGAAUUUAUUGGUGAUUAUAUUGAACGUGAAAAAAAUGGUUUUGUUUCUAGAUUAGUCUAUUUAGUUUUAAGCGGAUCUAAAUUGAACAUAUUUGUUCCUAGUCAAGAGAUUAGUGAUAAAAAAUUGAAACAAAUUUUAUUAGAUCCUACAUCCGGAAACAAUCGAAACUUUGCUCUACAAUCGCAAAAAGUGAUCGAUUUUUCUCGUAUUCAUCAUAAACGUAUUUGCCUUUAUUUAACCAAAAAUGUUCGUAAUCAACGUAAAUAUAUUUGGAGUAAAAAAUAUCCCAUUUGUAUUGAAUUCAAUGAAGAGAUUAGACAAGAUGAUAAUUUAGAUAAUUCAUUUCAAUCAGCUUCACCAACACCCAUAUUAUCUAAACUGGUCAUAUUUGCUCGAACAUGUCGUGAAAAAGAAGAAUGGUUUUGGGCAAUUAAAACAUCGAUUGAUUCCAUAAUAAGCUCAAGCAAGAAUUCUAUAUCGGUUCGUGGAUCGAAUAAUUCGUUGAAUGAUUCACCAAGUGAAUCUAAAACCUAUUUGUUUGUCGCUUCGACCGGAGAAUUUAAACAAACUGAUCCAGAAAUAUUAGUUACACAGCAAAAUAAUCAUCAUCAUCAUCAUCAACAAUGUCUUCACAUAUUAACUCGUCGUCUAAAUUAUUCAAAUUUUAUGCGCACAAAUAUCUUAAAUGCUGAAGGAAUAGGACCAGGUAAUCCAGGAAUGAUGACAGCAUUAACCUGGUUCAAUGUUCUUCUUAAUCGGCUUUCGUUCGAUAUUCUUAACAAACCGAAUUGGAGUGCAUAUAUAGCCAAAAAAUUGCAACGUAAAUUGCGUAGACUACGAUUGCCAUAUUUUAUGGAAUCGUUAACUAUCACCGAAAUAGAUAUCGGUACCACAUUGCCCAAAUUUAAUUCAGUGCCUUCGGUACCAACCGUUGAUGAUGCCGGUCUUUGGAUUGAGUUCGAUGUUAACUAUUCAGGCGGUUUCACAAUGACCUUAGAGACAAAGAUUAAUUUACUUAAAUUAUCGGCUAACGUAGAGAAUUUUGCCGAUGUUUCACCAGCUUCGACACCAAAUGAUUCACCCAAAUUGACACAAAAAAUUGGCGGCAAAUAUUGGAGUGGCUAUCGAGCUAAAUAUCGUAGCAGUGCUAUUGGUACACAAAGUCCAGCACCUGGAACCGAAUUGAAUGAUGAAUUUUGUGAUGAUGAUUCGGAUCUUGAUUCGAUCAUAACCAGUUCAGAAGAUGAAGAACCUGAGACGGCUCCAGCAGCGCCAGAUGAUGCCGAUACAGAUGAAAAACAAAAGAAAUUGAUCAGAUUCGUCGAAAAGAUUGCUUCCAAUCAAUAUUUUCAGAAAGCAAGUCAAAUGAAUUUUGUAAAGAAAGCUUUGGAAGGCGUAUCAAAUAUGUCUAUUAUGUUGACCGUUCAAAUUAAUUCACUAAAUGGAACAUUAGCUAUCAAUAUACCGGAACCACCUACUGAUCGUCUUUGGUAUGGAUUUCGUAAUGAUCCAUCAUUUUCGAUAACAGCCCGCCCAAAAUUAGGUGAUCAUGAUCUGAAUCUAAGUUAUGUAACAAACUUUAUUGAAAAAAAGCUUCGUAAUGAAUUUUUCAACUAUUUUGUGAUUCCGAACAUGGAUGAUUUUUUCAUUCCAUCAUUAAACACUGGCAUUGAACAGUAUAUCAACGUGGUGCCUUAGCUACACAAACACACAUACAAAUUUUAAUUAAUAUUUUCAUCUAAAAAAAUAUAGUUAAACAAAUUUCAUUCGUAUCUCAGGAUGUUCACAUCCAUAGACACACACACACAUCUAUACACACUUAAAUGUCUCAUUAUUGUCCACAUUUACAUUAACAGUAUCUAAGCAUCUUUCUUAAUUCAAAUGAUUGACUUAUCAUCAUUAAAA